AAUAUCAAACAUUUGAGAUUUGCCAACUUCUCCUUUUUGCAAAAGAAUUGAACUUUUCCCAUCGAAGGUCUAUAACUGUUUUUGUUCAGAUGCCAGAAGAACAUUCUUACAAUUCAUCAUUGGAUGUUCCUUUACUACCAGAGUGGAAGCACCAUGAGCAAGGGCAUGGCAUAGCCUCUCAUCAUUCUUCCAAAAAUACUGUUUCCUCCUUUCGCACCUGCCUUAAUGGACUCAAUGCAAUAUCAGGUAUUGGGAUACUCUCAGUUCCAUAUGCUCUUGCGUCUGGAGGGUGGUUAAGCUUGGUUCUUCUGUUUGCUAUUGCCACUGCAGCAUUUUACACAGGCAUGUUGAUCAAAAAGUGCAUGGAUAAGAAUUUCAACAUUAGAAGCUACCCUGAUAUAGGUGAGGUUGCAUUUGGAAAGAUAGGAAGGUUAGUAGUUUCGGUGUCCAUGUACACUGAGCUAUACUUGGUUUCAACAGGGUUCUUGAUUCUAGAAGGUGAUAACUUGAGUAAUUUAUUCCCAAUUGAGGAGUUUCAGAUAGGUGGCUUGGCAAUUAGUGGGAAGCAAUUCUUUGUGAUAUUGGUUGCACUUAUCGUCUUGCCAACAGUUUGGUUGGAUAACUUGAGCCUACUUUCUUAUGUUUCUGCAAGUGGAGUUUUUGCUUCUGCUAUCAUUAUUCUCUCAAUAUUAUGGACUGCAACAUUUGAUGGAGUUGGUUUUCAUCAAAAGGGAACUCUUUUUAAUUGGAAUGGAAUCCCCACAGCUGUUAGCUUGUAUGCCUUUUGUUACUGUGCACAUCCAGUCUUCCCCACUUUGUACAAUUCCAUGGCAAACAAACACCACUUCUCUAAUGUCCUAUUUGUAUGCUUUGUGUUGAGCACAAUUGGUUAUGCAUCGAUGGCUAUAAUUGGUUACCUGAUGUUUGGCCCACAAAUUGAAUCACAAGUGACAUUAAACCUGCCACUGAACAAAGUAAGCUCAAAAUUGGCAAUAUAUACUACAUUGGUGAAUCCUAUAGCCAAGUUUGGUUUGAUGGUGACACCUAUUACCAAUGCUUUGAAGGAUUUGGUUCCAAGAGCUUACAUGAAUAGAGGAAUGAGUAUCUUAGUUAGCAGUUUCUUGGUAAUAAGCACUACUAUUGUUGCCCUCAGUGUUCCUUUUUUUGGGGGUCUCAUGUCCCUAGUUGGAGCGUUUCUCAGUGUCACAGCUUCUAUUCUGCUUCCAUGUUUGUGUUACUUGAAGAUUUCAGGCACUUACAAGAAAAUAGGGUGUGAAACUGUUGCCAUAGUGGUAAUAGUGUUAGCAGCUGUAGUAAUGGGAAUAUCUGGGACGUACACCUCUGUAAUGGAAAUACUCCACAGAUUGUAAUAUCUAAUAAGCAUUGCAAUCAAUAAAUAAUAAAGGAAAUGGUAAUUAAGAAAGUUGUUUUUUCUUCGAAACCACAUGAAGGUUGAUUUCUCUUGAAUCAAAUUACCAGAGUUAUAUUUCGUACAAUUGUGUGUAUUUUGUUUCGUACCGAAUAGCAUGUCUCGUAAAGAAAGUGGUGUAUGUGAUAAUGAGAAAUGAACAGUGAUAUGAAAAUAAAUAAAUUUAAUAUUCAUUUGA